AUGUUUUCUUUUAAAACUAUCGUACUCAUCGCUGUGGCUUUUGCAACUGGAAUUGAAUGCAGUGGUGUACCUGCUAUAGCCGCUCCACUUGUAGCAUCUGCAGCUGUCGGAUAUGCUCAAGCGAUACCUCAAAAUAUUCCACCUUUUGCAUCACAAGUUAGCGUUGUCAAUAGAGCGUUUAGUCCUCUAUUAGCCGCUCCAGUUGCUCCGUUGGCUGCUAGGAUUGCUGCACCGUUAGCUGCCCCAGUUGCUGCACCUCUAGCGGCUCCAGUCGCUGCGCCUCUAGCUGCCCGGAUCGCUGCACCCCUAGCUGCUCCAAUUGCUGCACCUCUAGCUGCCCCGGUCGCUGCGCCUCUAGCUGCUACCUACGCUGCUGGUGUCGCUGCACCCUACGCUGCUGCUGUCGCUGCGCCCUACGCUGCUGCGCCAUUCGCUCCUGCACCCUAUGUAGCUGGUCCCGCGCCAUACGCCCUUCCUGGAUCAUAUGCUGCACCUUUCCCUUAUUCAGCGCCCCUUAUUCGUUCUCCUUAUCUCGCCCCAGCAUUUGUGCGAUAG